UUAGAUCAGUUCUCCACACUGACUGAUGACGAGGUGAUGGUGUUAUUCUGUUUUCUUUGUUCUGACUCCGGUCCUCCUGACUUCACUGACACAGAGUGGCUGGACUUGCUUAAUGUGAUACGACAGAGAGUGUACCGUAAACAGAAUCCUGUAACACGUGAGGAAGCACAGCUGACUCUGGACAGACUGAAGUCACGUGAUUACCUUUGGGAAGAUCAGGACAAGAUAACGGAGGACACAAAGGAUGAGACAAUGUAUAGGAUAGCAUCAAUAAAGCCUGACCUGAAUAUACCAUUCCGUUACAGUAGUUAUAACACAGCCAGUGUGUACCUGAGAUCAUCAGAAUACAACAGAAAACCUGGAGAGAAGUGUGUCUGUGGUCCUGGUAUCUUACUGAUAUUCCGUCUACAGAUGAAUAUACUGACUCACGUCACCAUGGAGGACAUGCAUAUUUAUAAUGAAAUACACCAGAUAGUGAAUGUUUCAAUAAAUAUCCUAAAGGACAGUGAAAAUAAUAAAAAAAAAUUAUUAACGGAACUAAGAAGAGAAGAGGAGGCUGUGCAUUACAGAGGAAGAUCUCAGGACAGUUUAAAUCACGUGACGUGGCUCUGGAGAUACGGGAGACCUGACAUCGUGAGAUCCUGUAUAGGUCUACAUCCACACAAUGAUAUUUACAUCAUCGACAACAUAGCUUAUAGAAAACCAAGUAAAUACCAUACCUAUCCACCAGAAGUCCGAUGUCUAUUGUAUUGCUUACUGUUUACUGAGAGAUAUCAGGUGAAUCUCAAUGAACAAUCAGAGAACAGUACAAAAGAAAAAAUCAGAGACAGAUAUUUCCCUGAUAUUAAUGAUGACGGUUCGGUAGAUCUUCCUGAUGAAAUCACAGAAAAAUGUGACGGUAUGAUAACAUUUAUAUCAGACGACAUCCGACAUGACGUCAUGUACGCCUUUGUUACGGAGUGUCUGGUAGAGGACAGUGAUCUAGAGUUUUUCUUGGCCACGGCGUCACGUGACGUGAUAUCAGAAUACUGCCGGUCCUGGGGUUAUAAAAUGAGUGAGGGAGAGAGAUGUAUGUAUGUACCGUACACACCAAAGAAGAUGUACGACCUCUUCUUAGACAAACUACAGCUAGACAUCAUCACACACUGUACUGUGUCUGACGUGGGGAUUCGUGACAGGACCAGUACACGUUUUAACAUACCCAUGGAGAUUUUGACAUGGAAUUUGAAUGCCAGAGAAAGAUUUGUUGAGAGUCUUCGCCAUGGGAGAGUAGAAAUGUUCCGAGCACGAGGUAUGAUAGUGGGAUGCGCAGGCGCAGGUAAAACAACUCUUCUUAGAAAGCUUCAAAGGAGACACACAGAAGAUAAUCAACCUACAGAGACAACGGUCGGUCUAGAGGUCCACGAAGAUUUGUUUGAAAUUAAAGAUGGCACUUUAUAUGAUUUCAUUGAUAAUGCUGAAGAAAGUUCUGUAGCAAGAUUUAUACGGGACAAAGACGAGAAAGAAGGAAAGGUUAUCAAAGGAAUACAUCUUCACAGCAGCCGUGGUACAAAGCUGAUCAGUAUGACAGACUUUGCCGGACAGGUAGCUUAUUACGCGUGUCACCAGGUUUACUUGUCACGGAGAGCGUUUUAUGUCGUUGUUGUCGACAUGUCCAAGGGUUUAGAUGAAGAAGUUAGAAUUCACCACACUGAUCGUCAUAACCCGGAUGGAUCCUUGUUCCAUUCCUGGAAAUACAAAGAUUAUUUUCAUUUCUGGUUGCAAUCCAUAAAGACAUACUGUGAUGUUGGAAAAAAGCACACAAUUCACGAAAAUACGGAUUCAAUAGCCAGUCUUUAUCCUGUUAUUAUUGUUGCUUCCCAUGCAGACAGAGUGAAUGAGAAUCUGCCGAAAACGUUCUACGAUGAAUUGGAGAACUGCCUAUCUGAUGAACAAUCUUUGAAACAUCUUAUAUCUCCAAACAGAUAUUUUAACGUCGAAUGUCCGCCAAAUGAAUUGUCACAAAAACAACAGGACUCAAUUGAAUGCCUCAGAAAACAUAUAGUAGAAACUGUAGAAAAGAUGCCACAAUGGGGAGAGGUAAUUCCUCUAAAAUGGGCAAAUCUUGAGAAAACUCUGAUUCAAAUGAAAGAAAAUGGAAGGAAAGUUAUUUCAGUACAAGAAAUAAAAGAAUUAAACAAUGCGGAUUUACCUAGCGAUAAAGAUUUAAAUGAUGGCCUUCGGUUCCUACAUGAAAUAGGUCAAGUUGUUUAUUUUGCUGAGGAGAAAAUGAAAAAUGUGAUAAUUGUUAACGUUCAGUGGUUCGUCGAUGCUUUCAAGUACAUCAUAACUGAUGAAAAACAUCUAGCUAGAAUGGUGAGCAAAAAUAAAUUGAUUAACACAGGAAGAAUAACUGAGUCUGAACUGAGAGAAAUAUGGCAUUAUACAAGAGACAACUCUUAUAUUCAACAUAAAGAUGAUAUUUUACCAUACAUGGACAAACUUGGUUUAAUGACAGAAAUUGCGGAUGAUCCUAGCGGUAAAACAUAUUAUAUCCCGAGCAUGAACAGAACUGAACUUAAUGAUAAAUGUCAAUAUGCAAUCAACAAAGGACAAAAAACGUCCAUUAUGGUGUACCAUUUCAAAACGUACUUGCCUCAUUUUUUCUUCUUUAGGCUGGUAGUGAACUGCUUUAGGAAAUGGAAAGCACUUGAUAUGGCGUUCUUUUGUAAAAAUGCAGCAUUCUACACGGUAAAAGAUGCUAGCCAUUACAUUGUAAUUGCUGUUAACAAAACGUCCAUUCAGUUACAGGUUUUUACUGCAGAUAAAGAUAUGGAUCUGCAGUCCCAAUGCGUCAUAGACAUCAAAAAUACAGUGGAAAGUCUAAUUAACGAAAUAACACAAACUUUUCACAGACAUAUUGAAUAUGAAAGGGGGUUUUCUUGUAUAGAUAUAAACAUUACAGAUGAGGAUGACGAGUAUUUCCUUAAGGAAAGUCAAAUUGUAGAAACAAAAACAAUUACCGGUAAAGAAAAAAGAUCGUGUCCAAAACAUGUUCUCCGAAAUCCACAUGAUAUUAACAAAAAUAAAAUGAUGCAAUUCUGGUUUAAAUAAAUCGCUACAUCCUUUUCACAUUCAUUAGAAUAAGAAAUACUGUGGAGAGUCUGAGUACAGAAAUAAAGCAAACUUUUCAGAGACAUAUGGAUUAUGAGAUUGGAAUUUACUGCCAAAAAUAGCAUAACAGAUGAGAAUCAAGAUUUUUGUCAGUGGUGAAAGUGACGUUGUGGAAGUAAGAACAAGUUCUGAUAAAGAACAAAGGCCUUGUCCAAAGCACAUCAUGGAU